AAACUGAGAGAGACGGAGGAAGAGAGCCUCUCUAGAGAGAAAAAAACAUGUGUUCGAAGACGACGCAGAACCAAAGUUCAGGCUCGGGCUCCGUCUCCAAACAAUCCUCUGAUUGGAGAGAGGAAGCCAUCAACGGCGGAUCUCUCAGACACGUGGACCUCCAUCAUGGCUCCAACGGCUGGGCUUCUCCGCCCGGCGACCUCUUCUCUCUGCGAUCCAAAAAUUAUUUUACCAGAAAGCAGAAAUCUCCCUCCGGUGACUGGCUCCUCAAGCCUGCCGGCUUCGACUGGCUCCGUUCUAGUUCCAAACUCGACAACGUACUCGCUCGCCCCGAUAACCGCGUGGCUCACGCGCUUCGCAAAGCUCAAUCGUUGAAUAGGUCCCAGAAGGCCUUCAUCUUCGCCGUGAAUAUCCAAGUCCCUGGUCGGGAGCACCAUAGUGCGGUGUUUUACUUCGCCACGGAAGAUCCUAUUCCUCCCGGUUCGCUCUUUUACCGGUUCAUCCACGGUGACGAUGCCUUCCGAAACCAGCGAUUUAAGAUCGUGAACCGGAUAGUGAAAGGGCCAUGGAUCGUGAAAGCGGCGGUCGGAAACUAUGCCGCUUGUUUGCUUGGCAAAGCCUUGACCUGUAGUUACCACAGAGGUUCCAACUACCUCGAAAUCGACGUCGACAUCGGCAGCUCGGCGAUAGCCAACGCGAUCUUGCGUUUGGCUUUGGGAUACGUGACAGCGGUGAACAUUGACAUGGGGUUUCUGGUGGAGGCCCAGGCAGAGGAAGAGUUACCGGAGAAGUUGUUGGGCGCCGUUAGGGUCUGCCAGAUAGAAAUGUCCUCGGCGAUGUUCAUAGAGGCGUCGCCGUCACCGGAAAACGCAACGGGGCCGGUUGCCGCUGUUUCGAAGCGAGGGUUAGGGCUUUCUAAGGUGAAUCACCACAAGUCCGAGGACGAUGAAGACGAAAAUUUUUAAUCCUUGAGGUAAUUUUUUUAUCUUUUCUCCGGUUUUUAUUUAAACUCUAAUCAGGAAUGUGAUUUUUGGUCCCUUUUUAUGGGGAUUAAUGAAUGUACAUAAUAACUGAUUCCAAUGUGGGGGAUUUUCACUAUUGUUGAGAGUUUCCCAAUGAAUGAAAUCAUUUUCUUGUUAUUGAGGAGUUCCAAACC